AUGAGUACCCCUCGCCUUGUACACCAUAAUUACAACUACUCCUCCUGUCUUGCUCGUCAUGAGGACGGCUCCAGAAGCAGACAUUGGCGUCAACUGGACGAUUUCCACUCUCUGACCGACUUGAAGAUAGCCGUAUCUUCGCAUAGAGAGCCUCAAAUCACAGCUGGGCUGCGGUCGGUUUGCUGGAAGAUUUUCCUUCUGUUCAAGACUCUGGACCGCUCCUCAUGGCCGAAUCGGCUGUCCGAGUCGCGCAACACAUACCGCUCACUCCAUUCUCAUUACCUUCGCGCGAUUGAGCAUCCCGACGAAUUCGAAUCGUCCGUCGACCCUCUCACUGAAAAUGCAGAGUCCCCAUGGGAAGCCCUCCGCGCCGACGAGGCUCUCCGCGCCGAAAUCUUCCAGGACAUCGAGCGAUGCAUGCCUGAGAACAUGUACUUCCGCCAGCCCGCUACACAAAACAUGAUGCUGGAUAUCCUGUUCGUAUGGUGUAAAAUGCACUCGCAAAUUGGGUACAGGCAGGGCAUGCAUGAAAUAUUGGCGCCUCUGCUAUGGGUAGUGGAAAGAGAUGCGGUAGACACAACCCAGACGGAUGGCCAGGAUGUUGAUGAUUCCCUUGUUCAGAUGCUUGACGCCAAAUAUAUCGAGCAUGACUCGUUCACAGUCUUCUCGUUGAUUAUGCAGACGGCCAAGUCAUUCUACGCACCCGCUGAAACAGGAUCUUCGGCCAAAGAUACCCCAAUGAUUGCACGAUGCUCACGAAUUUUCGAAAGAUAUCUUCCCAAGGCGGACCCGGAGCUCGCUGCGCAUCUGACCAAGCUCGAGAUCGUUCCACAAAUCUUUCUCUUACGAUGGAUUCGGCUAUUGUUUGGGCGUGAGUACCCUCUGGACGAAGUUCUCAACAUGUGGGAUGCCUUGUUCGCCAUCGAUGCCACACUCGAGCUUGUCGACAUGAUCUCGGUGGCUAUGUUGCUUCGCAUACGCUGGGAUCUGGUGGCAGCCGAUACCAACGAAGUGUUCACACUCUUGCUGCGAUAUCCAGAGCCAAAAUCCCCCGCGUUUACAUUCAUCAAGGACGCUCUGUAUCUGCGAGAUCAUCUCACCCCAGAAGGUGGUGCCGAGAUUAUAUCGCGAUACGGCAAGAAAGCGCCGACGCUUGAUGAAAACCCGCCACCCACCAUCCAUACCCCUCCAUCUCCGCCAGUUACUUCAUCGCAUCGACCGAGAACCAGCUUGGGGUCGACACGCAGCUUUGUGGGACAGCAAGGUGGCAGCAUAGAAGCUAUCCUUCAAGGUGCCGCGAAGAAUGUUAUGGACCGCGGGUCACAAUGGGGAGUAAGCAAAGUGAUUCGUGAUGCCGUAGGAGAAGUCAAGAAGAAUGUUGAAGCUAUACAGUCUGGGACCAGCUCAGGUCAGAUCACACCACGGGCGGGCGGUCGAGAAUUCCGCAAACCAGCACAGUUAGUCACUACUGCUGUGGGAAACAGGCCAAGUGCUGGACGGAGUCAGUCGGGCAACGCCGUCAGAAAGAUUGAGAGUUUGGAACGGAGGAGCAAGAACCUCGCCAAAAUGCUCGAAACUGCAGUGGCUGAGCUCUGGGAGCACCACAAAGAGCAAAGCGAAGAUGGCAAAGGGAAACAAGAAUCGGUCGAGGCAUUGAGCAUGGCCAUCGCAAAAGUUCAGUUUGUUCAGGUCUAUCUAGAGGAUUCGUCGAUACCACUGCCUGUCGAUGAGACGACGGAGGAAGCAGCUACGACGAGUGCCACGGCGAGCCUUCUGACCCCGACAACCCCGUCCACGGUGGUACCAGAUCGCACAUCGAGUGCGCCACCGUUGGCAAGCAGUCCAAACUCGCGGUCCGCAUCAUCAGCGUCCAUCCCACGUCCGACGUCACCUCCUGCAACCCAAAAGUCACCCACAUCCUCCAACCUGUCGCCCCGGUCACGGCCGACAUUAGCGUCUUCCAACUUCUCUUGGAUGCUGGGCCAGGAUUCGACGGCUUCCACAUUCGCUUCGAACACGGCCCAUUCGGCAUUUGCAUCAGACGAGAAACGGCGAAUGAAAGGCAAAGGAUUCUUGUUUGGCGACGAAGACGAGGGUGACUCGUUUAGUCAAGGUGGUGACAAAAGCGGAGGUGCGGGCGGAAAGAAUAGUAAGCAGCGCAAGAACAGCAAGGUGAAGGGUACGGAGAUGGAGGUCGAAGAAGAAGUCAUCGAUCUGGAAGAGGUGGGUAAGAGAGGAGCUGUCAGUUGA